CUAUUUUUAUAAAUAACUGAAGGCAACAAAAAUAUCUAAUACUCUUUCUCCCUCUUAUUUUCCCCACAACUACUCUGUGAAAUGAGCUGGGCUGAAAGAAUAAGUGAGAGUGACGUCACCCAACUGGUUUUCGUCAAUAAUUUAUGAUCAGAUGGUAUCAAGAUGGUACAUAUACAGAGUGAGAUUAUCCAUUUUCAUAACUAUCCAAGUGAGGAAUAUCAUGUUGAAACAGAAGAUGGAUAUAUACUUACCAUUAACAGAAUACCUCAUGGAAGGUAUAAUGCUGCAAGUAAAGCUGCACGACCUGUUGUGUUUUUGCUACAUGGUGUCGUUGGAGAUGGUUCCCACUGGAUUUCUAACCAGCCGCACAACAGUUUUGGUUUCAUAUUAGCAGAUAAUGGUUAUGACGUUUGGCUUGGAAAUAGCAGAGGAAACACCUGGUCUUCAAAUCAUAAGAUACUGAAGCCAUGGCAGAAGGAAUUCUGGAGCUUUAGUUUUCAUGAGAUGGGAUACUAUGAUAUUCCAGCAGCCAUAUACUUUAUCCUGAACCAAACCAAACAGCAGCAGCUUUAUUAUGUGGGCCAUUCAGAAGGCACAACUGCUGGUUUCAUCUCAUUCUCUACUUGGCCAGAACUGGCUGAAAAAAUCAAGGUCUUUUUUGGAAUGGGACCUAUAGCCACACUAACAUAUGCUACAAGUCCUGUAUUAAAAAUAAAGCUCAAUAAUUCACUAUUUCAUACACUGUUUGGCUACAAAGGAAUUUUGCAGUAUCCUACGUCUAUGAGAAAGCUAAGGGUUGCAUUUUGUAAUUUUCAACCUAAAAUCUGCGAACGUCUAAUCUCUUUUGUAGUUGGUUCUAAUACUCCCAAUUGCAACUUGAGUCGUAUGGAUGUGUAUAUAGCACAUUCUCCUGCUGGAACAUCUGUGCAAAACAUUUUUCACUGGAAACAGAUCCAUAAUAAAAAAGGGUUUCAAGCAUACGACUAUGGCACUAAGGAAAAGAAUAUGGAGAAGUAUAACCAGAUUAUUCCUCCUGUAUACAAGAUAGAAGAUAUAAAAAUACCCAUUGCACUCUGGUCUGGUGGAAAUGACUUAUUUGUGAACAUAAGAGAUGUCGAGGCAUUAAUAUCGCGGCUUAGUAACGUCAUUUAUCACCAACAUGUUCCUGAAUGGCAACAUCUGGAUUACAUUUGGGGACUGGAUGCCACUGAGAUUAUGUACAUGCGUAUCAUUGAGAUAAUGAAAAGUUAUGCAUGAUUCUUCAGCAGUGAUAUACAGAGAAAGCAUGUUGUAUGAUGACAAUUUAAAAACACACCUUAAAGUCUUAAUGCAGCUGAGCUGAUUAGUUAGUUGAAGAAAUAUUUGCAAUCUGACUGAACACUGUUUCCCUAAAUGGUAUUUACAUUAACUCACUUCUUCAAACUGUUCCCAUUUCCUCUAAAUUUUUUACCUUAUUCCUCUGUAAUUGAGAAACAAAUUAAAUUCUCAUAGACCAUCAAGAGGUUUCCUUUUUUUUAAUUUGGAUGCCCAUCAUAGCAGAAAUACUAAGCUAUAGUACUAAUAAAAUGGGGUAGCAGUAGAAAAGAAUAAAAGUUUGCUAAACAUAUUGAUAUGCCUUCUGCUGAAUGCAAACUUCCUAGAUAAGUUUUGGGGAGAAGCACAUUUCACAAAGCCAGUCUGCAAAACGAAAGGAAAACUCCAUAUAGAAGGGGAACAAGUCUACUCUGUCAGAGUUAAAGGCAUUUGGUGGCAAGUGUUAUGCACAUAUCCCUAAAGAAAAAGAAAAGAAAUUAAAUGGCACAUUUGGAGCAAAAGCUUAACAGGUUUUAGAUUCAGAUCCUGGAUAAGUAAAUACAGAUAGGGUUAUUAUUUUAAUGAAGAAAUAAUUCUGAAAAGAUAACCCAAAAUGAGUUGCAGGAUUCGGAUUCUGGUCCAAACCACCUAGUAGCACCCAGAGCUAUGAUUCAGAAGGGGCUGCUGCCAUAUUGUAAGAACAAGAAACAGAAUUAAAAUCUAAAAUAUCCCUAAAAUCUAAUAAAGGAAUCCCACCAGACAUUAAUGUGCAAUACCACUAUAGGAAGGAUGUGCC